AUGUCGGUAUGUUGUCGUCGGGUGGCCGCCUCCGCCGCCGCGACCCCGGCGGCUGGCCGGCCCAUUCUGCUGCGCCGGCCGUCCUCGUCCGUCAAUUUCUCUCGCGUGGGCUAUCGUCAAUCGUGGGAUAGCAGGGGCGCCAGAGCUCCGGUGCUUCGGUCCAGACGGUGGCUGAUUACGGCGUCGGUCGCCCGCCGGGGAGGGGAGGAGGAGGAUGGGAUGAAGAUGACGUCGCUGCCGCCUCCUCGGUGCUGCGCGUUUGAUCGGGACGCGGUGGCGGUGGCUGAUGGUGGAGGUGCGGCCGAUCGGAGGGCGGAGGUUGUGGUUGCGGCCGUGGCUACGGUGGUGCUCGGCGUGGGGAAUCGGGUGCUAUACAAGCUCGCAUUGGUCCCUCUCAAGCAUUACCCUUUCUUUCUUGCUCAGCUUGCCACUUUCGGGUAUGUAAUUGUAUAUUUUGCUAUUUUGUAUCUUCGGUAUCAAGCUGGGAAGGUUACGGAUGAAAUGCUAUCCUUGCCAAAAUCACCAUUAAUUGCUGUUGGCCUCCUUGAGGCACUAGCUGCUGCAUCUGGGAUGGCAUCAGGAGCUAUCCUUUCUGGGGCAGCAAUUCCUAUACUGUCUCAGAGCUUUUUGGUCUGGCAACUUGUACUUUCAUAUAUAUUCCUUGGGAGGAGAUAUCGGUUCCACCAGUUGUUCGGUUGCUUCCUGGUAGCAGUUGGUGUUAUAGUAACUGUAGCAAGUGGAUCAGGUCCUGGUUCUCUGAUGGAAGCUGGCAUAUUUUGGAGUGUUUUGAUGAUUAUUUCUUUUUUGUUACAAGCUGCUGAUACAAUCUUGAAGGAAAUUAUAUUUACGGAUGCUUCUCAAAGAUUAAAGGGAGGAACAGUGGAUCUAUUUGUUGUAAACUCCUUUGGAUCUGCUUAUCAGCAGGCGAUUUUCAUAUGCCUCCUCCUCCCGUUCUUGUCCAACCUAUGGGGAAUUCCAUUUGGUCAACUGUCGAAUUAUCUUAAAGAUGGUGCUGCCUGCUUUUUGAAUGUUGGUACCAUGUCAAACAGAUGUAAUGGUGCACCCUUACUGCCUGUCCUAUUUGUCAUUGUGAACAUGGGCUUCAAUAUAUCACUUUUGCAUUUGCUCAAGAUAUCAUCUGCAGUUUUAUCUUGUCUUACAUCAACAGUCUCGGUUCCAAUAUCAGUGUAUCUUUUCACAUUGCCUCUUCCCUAUCUCGGGGUCUCUUCCUCCCUUCCUCCCGGCUUUGUAGCAGGUGCCAUCAUCCUCGUUUUUGGUCUUCUCGUAUAUGUGUGGCCUCCCCCUCGAGCAACCCCUCCAUUGUGA